AUGACUACCAAAUCGAUCCAACAGCUUCUCACUCUCCUCAACCCUCCUCCCUCCACCCCCUCCGUCAGGCCCGAGACUCCGGCCACCGCCGCCGCCGCCGCCGCCGCCGCCGCACGCCCUCCUCCUACUCCGCCGCCUCCGAGCUCCGACGCCGACCCCACCAUCUUCAUCCCCAGCUACUCCAGCUGGUUCUCCUUGGACCACAUCUACCGAACCGAGGUCCGAUCCCUCCCGGAAUUCUUCCACUCCCGCCCGCCGGCCAAGAACCCUAGCCUCUACAAGUACUACCGCAACCACAUCAUCCGCCGCUACCGCUCCAACCCCGGCCGCCGCCUCACUUUCACCGACGUCCGCAAAACCCUAGUCGGCGACGUCGGCUCCAUUCUCAGGGUUUUCAACUUCCUGGAGGCUUGGGGAUUGAUCAACUACGCUCCGUCGGUCAAGUCGCUGAAAUGGGAGGAGAAGGAAGCCAAAUCCGCCGCGCACGGCGGCGCUCAGUCGCCAAAGAUCGGGGUUAAAGACGCUUCUGCCCCUGCUGCCAAGGACAAGCAGAGGACCUGCGACGGCUGCAAGUCUCUAUGCAGCAUUGCGUGCUUUGUUUCCGAAAAGUAUGAGAUGACUUUAUGUGCGAGAUGUUAUGUUCGUGGGAACUAUCGGGUUGGUGUGAGUUCUUCGGAUUUUAGAAGGGUUGAGAUUAAUGAAGAAACUGGGGAUGGUUGGUCAGAUAAGGACACAUUGCAUUUGCUAGAAGCACUUAUGCAUUAUGGUGAUGAUUGGAGAAAGGUUGCGCAACAUGUUGGUAGAAGCGAGAAGGAAUGUGUGGCGCAUUUUCUCAAGCUUCCUUAUGCUGAUAAGCCGAUAGAUGAUUUGGAUUCCGAGAAGUUGGAUGGUAGUGGUAUGAGUCCAGUGAAGGUGGGGGAUGGGGAUGGUGAGGUUGGUUUGGAGAGCAAGAGGAUGCGUCUCACGCCUCUUGCAGAUGCUAGCAACCCAAUUAUGGCUCAGACUGCGUUUCUGUCUGCUUUGUCGGGUGUAAAGGCUGCGGAAGCGGCUGCUAGUGCCGCUGUGAGAACCCUGUGUGAGGCGGAUUAUGAAACAAGUAGGAUGACUGUUGGACCUCCGGGGGUGAGUGGAGGUGAUGCUGUGAUGAAUGGAGACACUGAAGCCAAACUUAAUGCGAUGGGGGGCGCAUUUGUGGAUGCGAAUUCAGAACUGGAGAAGGAAGGGCUGGGUGUGGAGAGAGCAAUUACUGGCAUUACGGAGGUGCAGAUGAAAGAGAUUCAAGAUAGGAUUGUUCGUUUUGAGGAAAUAGAUUUGCAGGUGGAGAAAGAAAAGCAUCAACUGGAGCAAAUGAAGUCGAUGCUGUUUGUGGAUCAGCUUGUGCUUUUGUCUCAUAAAAGGUCUGCACCUAAAACCAAAAGCUAGAAUAGCGAUGCGGUAUUAGAAUGCAAAAUUGAUGGACUUCGCGUAGUUCAAUGUUCUACCUAGAAGACAGAUAUCUUAUUAUUAGCAGUGUACUGAAAACUCGUAUUAUUCAAGGAGGGACAGCUUAGAUUCUCAACACAGAGCAAUUUCGCCUUUGCAUUCUUCUUUGCUUGUCAAUACCUAACUGCAGGUAGGCUACAUUAUUCAUUUAUGAAAUUUAGUUUAAGCAGAUAUGUGUUUCUAUGAAUGGUGUUUGGAUUCCUGUAUGUUUCAUUUAGAUUACAUAAACACCAUCUUUGUGCAAUCUAUGAGGCGCCUUAUUUUUAUCAAUGAAAACUUACAAGUUUCCGGUA